AUGGCAAGACGAGAAAAGAUGAGACAAACCAGAGAUGAAGCUGAUCAUGAGGUUGAUCAUGUGAUUGUGCGUGCUGCAAAUAUUCAGAUGAUUCGCAACAUGCCAGACACUGAUGCCGCCCUCACCAAAGGCCCAGAACGCAAGGGCGGAAUUGUUGUUGAGGAUGACAGGAGGGCUCCUUUCACAUUACAGGGCCCGGAUUAUGUGAAAGUGGAAGCUGGUUUUUGUCCGGGGUCAUGGGAAUCACUGCAACUGCUUUUGUAUUCAAAGCUUGUAUUGAAAGCAAAGGUGAGACGGCCUCAAGAUUGGCUUCUAUUGUGCCCAAACAAACAAGGUUGCAAAGAAGCUAGUAAGGCAGGGAGUAUGACAGGACAAUAG